GUUAGUGUCUGUGUUUGUGUUAGGCGACAUAUUUUGGAAGAAGAAAAACAAAAUUAAUUAAAGAAUAGUUUGAGUAUUUUAAAACACUAUGACUGAAGAUAAAAAAACUAUUCCAACAACAACAAAAUCAAUAAACCAAAAUACAACUCUGAUAGACGAUGACAAAAACACCUUUUUGCAUUAUUCCGCUGCAAGGGGGAUAGAUGAAGACUUCAAGAAAGGGAUAAAAUAUGAAGAACUAAAUUUGGAAAAUUUCUUGGGUUGGACACCCCUGAUGAUGGCUUGUAGAAAUAAACACGUCGAGACAGUUAAAGUUAUAUUAGAUCUUGGUGGAGAUGCUACGAAAAAGAAUAAUUUUGGUGUUUCUGUACUCCUGAUUAGCGUUGCCGGAGGAAAUCUGGAUAUAGUUACCAUGAUUUUGGAAAAUUUGCUUUCUGGAGGAAUAUCUAAGAGAAUUAUGCAAAAUAUGUUUUCUCCAUUAUCAAUGGCAAUAUUGUUCCGAAAUCGUAACAUAUUCGAAUAUUUGGUACAACAAAAUUUUGAUCUUAACAUGUCUACACCAUUGACAGGUAUUACCCCAUUGAUGUUUGCAUCAGCAAUGGAAGAUAACUUUGCAUUUUCAAUACUGCUCAAAAACAAAGCCGACACGUCGAUAAAAAAUUAUUUAGGAGACACAGCGAACGACAUAAAGAACUCAAGGUACCAAAAGCAGGAACCUUCCAAGAAACUUACUCCUGCUGAGAUGAUAUCAAGAAGCCCUCACAUGGCACCUCCACAAUGUAUCCUAACUCCACGUCCUACGUCGUAUUUAAGCCCCGGUCCACUGAUUUAUGUACGACGGUCCUCUGAUACGAUAUCUCCCAACUCUACACUCUUUGUCACUACACCCAAUAUGACACCUAUAGCUCAAAUGAAUACACCCCAAAUUUUCUUUCCGUCCAAUUUUUGUCACAAUAAUUUUAUGGCAGUUAGUCCUGUACCUGUAACCAAUUUUUUUAAUGGUGCUACGGAUCUUUUGAACAUGAGAAUCGAUCAGUCGACCGGUGAACUCGUUCUAUCGCCUAGCGUUAUUUAAAUUUUAUAUAUUAAGUUUUAAAUGUUUUUAAAUUUACAAAGUUAAACUUUAAGUUCUGAAAUUCAUUUUAUAUUGAGGAGAUCAACUUUUAAUUCAGAUUUUCUAGAUAAAUUAUAAUCGUUUAAGAUUAAAAUACGACUUAACCCUUUCAGGCCCAAUUUAUUGGUAUCAACGAGAAAAAUGGUAUAAUUGUAGCUUAUUUAAAACAAGUAGUGAAGCCUAGUGAACUCAAAAAUAACAUUUUUUUUCUACUAAAUUUUGUAUAAUAUAUAAAGUAUACCAUACUCGUAUUUUCUAUUUCUCCACAGUCACAGUUUACAUCAUCUUCACAGGCGCCCAUACCCAUGGGCAGGGGGGGGAAGUGGCCCCCCCUAGCUUUUCGGAUGCUUUAAACUAUAUAUUGUUAUCCAUAGUGUACAAAAUGUAAUGGGCAAAAUCUUCAAGUCUGCCCCCCCACCUGAAAAUUUUUAUAUGGGCGCCCAUGAUCAUCUUAGUCUGUUUUGCCCAUUUUGCCAUAUUUGAGAGUGUCGUACAAUUUAUGAAGCAAUUUAUUGUACCUAACUCUCUCAUACGCUCCGUCAGAUCUAUGGGAGCACCCACUGUUGGUUUGGGGUUGUGGGUUUUUUCCAUUCUGGCCAAAAUGAGUCUCUCAUAUAGUCUAAAAAAUUAUCACAACAGGGGAAUAGAUCUGUAACCUACCUUGAUUUUAUAAAGGCUACUAUUUUAGAUUUUCAUGAUUUUUGAAUUUCGCAGGUUUCACAGCUCGUGUUAUAGAGCUGCAAGGUCCAUUUUUGGUACUUGGCCUAGAUGCUUUAUUUGUUAACUGUAUACAUGAUCCACAUUUACAGGUUUCCCGUUUUUAUCAUCCUGUUCAUAUAUCGUGGAGUUCUUUGGUAUAACUAGAGUUACUAGGUGGUUUGUCUCCAGAUUCAGUCUUCUUCUGGUUUUUGGGUCUGUAUUGGUUCUAACUUCUUGCAUUCACAAGGAGUUUGGUAGACUUGGUUUGCUGCAAUUUUUAUUGCUGUUUGUGUUCCUUAAGAUUACCGCUAAGUUUUUUAACAAGGUUCUAUGCUAUUUUGCUACUGUGUGUCAUGUCCAUUUUUUCAGGUCUUCCAUUAACUAUUCCUUUCUGGAUUAAUUGAAAUGUUAGAGUACCACUGCUCCACAAUCAGCCAUUUAUUGGCUAAAAGGGGCAGCUAAAUAGGGGGUUUCGUUUAUUGUCAUUAGUUCUUUGGACUCGCCGGACAUCCCGGAACAUAUUGUUGUCUACAUUUCCCGAGAAUAACUUUUCUAGGAGAAUUUUUUAUUGAUUCUACAAAUUUUUAGUAGUUUUCUUAGCAUUUUGCAUAGCAUAUGAAAAUGUCAUCUAAGAAAGAAGUGAGAAAAUAUCUAAAAAAUUAAAUUGGAGGUGCUAUCGUACUGGAAUUGUUAUAAAUAAUGCUAUCAUGGACAGGUGUACUUUUUUCUUAUUCGGGACAACGUAUCUCCGUUUCCACCACUUGAUGGAUAGUUUUUCUUUUUUCAACUUCUGACAUUUUAUUUCUUUCUUUUUGUUUGAGUUUCUGAAGUAUUUUGUGACAUCAUUCAAUAUAGGUAUCUGAAAGACAUUCUAUAUACAAUAAUAUAAUAUACCCAACAUUAUAAAUAGGUAUGUAUUUUUCACCUUUGUGGAUUUAUUACUCUGAUCUACACUUUUGUGCAUUUCAUCCUGUUCUUUAAAUUCACCAAUAUUCAAGACAAAAGUAUCUCUUGGUAAGCUGAUAAACUUUCUUUAAUUUAGAUCAAUUGUCUAUUUCAGUUGACAUGUAAAAUUGAAAUUACAAAAUCUAUGCAUAUACAGUAUGGUGCAAAUGUCUGGAAUAAAUUCGAUAUUUCGUAAACCGGAGACUUUAAGGAGAAAUCCCGAAACAGUUCGAUUUUUAUUUUUAAAUUAAUAUAUUUUGGCAUAUAUUUUAUAAGAGUGACGUCAUAAAUAUGGACGUGAUGGCGUAUUCGAUUAUUUUUUUAAAUGAGACUAGGGGUCGUGUGAUAACUCAUUUGAAAGGGUAUAAUUCUCUAUUCAGUAAUAUAAAUAUUAACAUAAUUGUUUAUACACAGUGUCAAAAAAAACAAUUUUAAAUUAAUUGACAAAGAAAGAAGAAUGUAUGUAAUUUAUUAUAUUGAAAAUACAUUUUACUGCUGUCAGAAAACAGUAACAAAAGGUUAAUUUGACAAAUAAGCAUUGCUUUUCGCUUAAAUUAAAUGUUCAAAGUUCCAAGAAGCAGGUGGUUUUCGGGAGCUGGUUUUAACAUUGAAUUUAAGCGAAAACAAUGUUUAUUUAUCAAAUAAACAUUUCUUUCUAUUUUUGACAAUAGUAAAAUGUAUAUUUAAUUAAAUAAAUUGCAUACAUUCUUUUUUUUUGUCAUUAAUUUUAAUUUAACAAAAAAAUUUUUGGACCCUGUGUAUAAACAAUUAUAUUAAUAUUUAUAUUACUGAAUACAGAAUUGAAUACCCUUUCAAAUGAGCUAUCACACGACCCCUAGUCUCAUUUAAAAAAAUCAUCGAUUACGUCAUCACGUACAUAUGGAUGACGUCCAUAUGGAUGACGGUUUGUUAGAACAGUGAGCGACGCACAACUCACAAUCAGUCGAACGCCGCGCACGUCAGUCCAAAUCAAAGGAAUGGUUUCUGUACGUUAACGGAUUGUUGUUGCGCGCUUUAAAGACUAUAGUUGCGCGCUUUAAAGACCGACAGCAGUGUACGUCGACGGCGCCGGCGUGCGCUGGAAUCAACUGCGAUUUGAUUUAGACGCAAACGUUCAGCUGAACUCACAUUGUACAACAUUGUGGUAAAUUAAUUUUAUUCAAACAAAAAUAAGUUUACAUGAUUUGACAUUGUUUUAAUUGCACAAAGUAAAUGAAAAAAUCACUUGUAUUAAAUUAAUAUUAUUAGUAUUUAAUUUGGAUUUAGAAUAAUUGGUAUUAUUCAGGGGCGUCAUUUGGGCGUCCAGGGGGGGGCAUUUGCCCCCCCUGACCCUGAAAAUGACUGAAAUUUACAGAAAAUACAUCAAUAUUCAUCAUAACAUCAUAUAUAAUAUAUUGUAUAUAUAGCGCUUGCCUCCCUCCCCCAAACAAAAUUUCAAAUGACGCUCCUGGUAUUAUUACUAUUAUUUAUUAAACUGAAGCCAUUAUAAUAAAACAACGUUGGUACAAAAUAAAGUGUAUCGUUAUUAUUCAACAAUUUUUUCUUGUCAUUCUACAGAUUUCUGAUGAAAGUAUGCUUUACAUAUCCCAUUUUUAUUAUUUUAUUUUCUUAUUUUUAAAUAUGUACAUAGUUCUCUGUAAAUUGACCCGUUUUCAGGUCAAUACUUUGGGUAAAUAUUCAAAGAGAAAAGUAAGUUGCCUUUAACAAACGGUGCUAUAAACCUUUCAGUAGUCAGUAGUGCCUUUCAAAUACACCAUAUGCUUCACAGGACCCGAACGUCUAAUUUCUAUUACUAUUGUAUUAGACGAUUUAUUAGACAAUUCGAUUAUAAACCGAAAAAAAAGGUUCCUAUUACAACAAAUAAUUCUUCUGGCGAAAAUUCUUUGGAACCCAAUAUAGGAUCUCAGAGCGUGCAUUCGUUUGUACUUUUGCCAGAAUCAAUUAAUAGCAAUGUAGAAAUGGAAGAUACAUUUAUGAUAUACUUUGCAUUUUUAAGAAGAUUUCUUUUUUGUACUUAACACUCACUGUAUUUUUAUUUUUUCUCUAAAUAAAAAAACUUACUUCAAAGUUAUGCUUAAUUUUUCUUCUACAGAAAUCGGAUGUUGUCUUAUGUUGUAGGGUUUUUUAGUAAUAUCAUCCCUUAUAAAUUAUUGUAAUACAGUUUCAAAUAAAUUCCUGGAAGGUCUAAAAUAUUCUCUAAAUUUUUCCUUAUUCUAAAACAAUCUUCUUUUGACUGUUAAUUAAAAUGCACUUUCUGUAUUACGACAUGAAAAAUAUUCGUUUACAUUUUUAUUUCUUUUAUUAAAAUUUAAUAUUAUCAACUUUUCUUCCUCCUCCUUUUCUAGGAGUAAUGAAAUGAUUGCCUUGUUUUUGACAGAAUUUAUUUUUUCUACGUACACCGUCCGUGAUAACAAACGUCAAUCUCAAACUAUUUUGAGAGCGACAGAAUAUGCUAACAAACCGACUUACUCAAAUCUGCCGUGCGUCGAGUACAACAGAUUCUGUUGUACGCCACGGCACGCGUAUGCCGUGCGUCGCUCACUGUUCUAACAAACCAUGGCUUUAAGUUACUGGUUUACGAAGUAUAUAAUUUAUUCCAGACAUUUGCACCAUACUGUAUAAUAAUAAUAAUACAGUUUUACAUCAUACAAUAGUCGGUUCAUUACAAUUUUAUUUGCAUUAUAAUGAUUCAUUAGCAAUUUCCUAUUUACAUAAAACAAUCAAUUAUGUAUUUUAUAUGUAUACCUCAUAUGCGGUGUAUAUUAACAUACAACAGUAGCAAGUUAUAGGUCUUGGACCACACUUAAAGAUAAAUGAUUACCUCCCUCAUAAGACUUUUUUAUUCUAUUUCGAAAAAUUUUCAGGAGGGAUGCAUUCCGUAAAUAUUGAGGUUUCUAAACUUUGGUGCGUCCGACAACUGGAGUACCCUUACAAAUUUGUCGGACAAUAUUACCAGUUUAUUUUUAAUAUUUUUAUCAAACAAUGCUGAAAAAAUCAGCUAUGAGAGUAUAAAUUUUAUGACUCUUUAUGAUGUGUGCCCCCCACGUAUGGGGGUUCAAUAUGAAGUCAUAAAUGAUGAUUUUUUUUGUGCAGGAUUAUUUGAGAAAAUUCCUUACAAUUUACUAGUAAUACUGUCCGACAAUUGUUUAAGGGUGUUUGUUUACUAAUAGCAGGUAUUGAACGAAACAAGUAAUAAAAUCAAAACAAGCAAUAAAAAUACUAAUUACAACCCCUGCUAAUGCCUUCGAAUAGCUAAUAUGGAAAGAAAGUGAACUUUUCUCAAUAGGCGCAAAAAUAAACACAUGUAAAUUGGUUUACUCACAAUCGGUUAGUAAUUUAUGGAUUUCUAACCUUUGAGGUAAUCAGGAAGCGACUUAUUACUUACUUUACUUUCCCAGCUAGCCGGGAAAGUACUUUCUCGGCUAGCAUCUGUCACUUUUCUACCUGCAAAUGUCAGUGUCAUUUUUGAUUAAAAGAUGGUUUAGAAAGAAUAGAAUCCACUCAACAUUUAUUUAAUUAAGAACAACAACAACAAUAACAAAAAGAAAACUAUUUGGAAUUAUAAAUAUUAAUAGUUACAUUGGAAUUAUGAUUACUAUUAACGGUUAAAGUAAGACCGUGUUGCUCAAAAUUAUGAGUUUCAGAAAUAGAUGAUGACGCCGACGUUUCUGGAUUUUCUACAUGAGACAACAUAUUAGCAAUUUUUAUUUGUCCAUGUAAUGAAUUCUCCACAUAUCCCUCUGCUACGGUGUUGGAUUUCCAACCCCCCAACUUUUUCAACUGUAGGAUGUCUCCACCUGUAUUUGCUAAUAAUGUUGCUGAAGUACGUCUAAAAUAAUGUCCUGUAAACCUGUUUAUCCAUUCCGAUUUUGUAAUUACAAAUGUACGGGAAGAGUAGGUUUUUGUGACAGGAAUCACUAUUAUAAUUCGAUUUUCUAAAAUAUCCAGGUCACUUAUUUUCAUUUUUAAACGUUCAUCGCACCUACAGGCUCCGGAAAUGCCAAUAAUUAAAGCAACCUAAAAAAAUUUAAUAUAACAUAUAUUUAAUAUGCACUAAAUAAAUUAAAAUUACCUUUUGAGGAAGAUAUUCUAUUGGGGCAUUGUUUAAAAAUGUAUCGAUGUCUGCUUCAGAAAAAACACUUGAAUUUUUAGCUUGAUAUCCCACGUUCUGCCUUUUCAAAAAUGCCCGCAAUUUGGCGUAUUUACUAAUAUCAACAUUAUGCCUAAAGUUUAAUACUGCUCGCAACAUCGAAUAUAUUGACCAUAAUGUGGAGGCUUUACUUUGUUUGCUCAUUUCACAAAAAUAAGCAAGAAGUACCGUCUCAGAGAUAUGUUGCACACCUUUAGCCACGCACCAUUUACUGUAUAGUUCAUAGGUGUUUUCAUACCUCUCCCUGCUUUUUUCAGGAAUUAUUCCUUCAGUAGCUCUCUCUCUGCAGCUACCCGCAGUUCUGGUGGCGUACAUUCAAAUUCACUAUCAGACAUUUUUGUAAAAUAAACACAAUUUGAUUAUAUUUACAAUUAAUGGCGUCGUGUAUCGCCUAAAUGUCAGAUUCAACAAACUUGUUUUGUUACCUAGCAACGAUCUCACAGGUUACUUAAAAUAAUUCAUCUUAUCAUAGAAUGAAAAUGGAUACAGAUAUUUGAAACGAAAUUAUUAUUGGUAGAUUAUUGAUAGAUAUUAGAAAUCCAUAAACUACUAACCGAUUGUGAGUAAAAUAGUAUACAAACCUCGCGGGAACUCAUUCUAGCCUCGCGUCUGUAGUUUACCUCGGUGCUUCGCACCUCGGUAAACUACCUUACCGCUCGGCUGAAAUAGAGUACUUUCCCGCUAGGUAUGUAAUGUAUUGUUGCCAAAUAAUUCAAAACGAUAACAAAGGAAAUAUAUAGGUAACAACAAAAAUACAAGGUAAAAAUACAAGGUACUUACAAUCGGGACAUCAUCGACGAAGUCGGCACUAUUUCGCGUCUGCACACUUGAGUGGUCGGGAUGCAUCUCAUCUUAUCUCGUAGUGGGCAGAACUUUUGGAUUUCAAGUGGUAAGCGUCAGAUCUUCUUCUUUCGCGACACAUGUGAACUUCGAUAACAUGCGAACAAGGAACAACACAGGCGUCGACAAGGAAAAAAAGGGGAUUUCCAACAAAGGGUAUCUACUAUAGUUGACGGACGCAUCAAAGUUUAGAAACAUCUAUAUUUACAAAACGCCCCCCUCCUGAAAAUUUUCCGAAAUAGAAAAGUUGUCUGACUCGACAUGAAAAAAGUCUCAUGAGGGAGGUAAUAACUUUUUUACGUGUGGGCCCAAGGUCUAUAAUACAUGACAUGUAUGUACCUACAAUAAACCAUUGUGUGAAGAUCAAGCAACAUAGAGAAAUAGUAUCUGGGCAAGCACCGUUAUUUAACUGGGAAAUAGCAAAUGCAUAAGCUUAUGUCCAUUGUAAUGGACUGAAAGUGUUUAAUUCAAAUAUCUUUAGAACGGUUCCUAUAUGUACUUUCAAGUGAUAAUAUUUUGUUAUAUUAGAAAUAAUUUAUGUAAAUGUUAUUUUUUAUAAUUAAAGUCAUAAACAACUGUUUUGGGAGAGGAUUGAGAAAUAGUCAUAGUCUGUAUUUAGAGUAGGCAUGUGACGCCAAACCUUGAAUAUCCUCUUUCAAUCCUGUUAGUAUAUUUAAUGAAACUUGACGCCCCUUUUAAAUUGGCCUGAAAUUGUUCCAGUUACCUUUACUAAUCGUAGAAAAACCUGUUCUUAUGCAUUUUUAAAUGGGCAGUAUCUUUACCGGCACGAAAUCAUGAAACAUUUUGAAAUAUGUCUUGAUCGCACAUAACAAAAUAAAUUAUUACCUCCCUCAUAAGACUUUUUAUUAUAUUUCGGAAAAUCUUCAGGAGGGAGGCAUUUCGUAAAUAUUGAGGUUUCUAAACUUUGGUACGUCCGACAACUGGAGUACCUUUACAAAUUGGUCGGACAAUAUUACCAGUUAAUUCUUAUUAUUUUUAUCAAACAAUGCUACAAAAAUCAGCUGUGAGAGUAUAAAUUUUAUGACCCUUUAUGAUGUGUGUCCCUCGCCACAUAUGGGGGCCCAAUAUGAAGUCAUAAAUGAUGAUUUUUUUGCAGGACUAUUUGAGAGCAUUACUUACAAUUUAACUAGUAACAUUGUCCGACAUUUUUUAAGGGUACUAUAGUUGACGGAUGCACCAAAGUUUAGAAACAUCUAUAUUUACGAAACGCCCCCUCCCAAAAAUUUUCCGAAAUAAAAAAGUUAUCUGACUCAACAUGAAAAACUUUAUAAAAAAGUCUCAGGAGGGAGGUAAUAACUUUUUUAAGUGUGCGCUAAAGAUCUAUAAUACAUGACAUGAGUGUACCUACAAUAAAUCAUUGUGUGAAAAUCAAGCAACGUAGAGAAAUAGUAUCUGGGCAACCACCGUUAUUUAACUGGGAAAUAACAGAUGCAUAAGCUUAUGUCCAUUGUAAUGGACGGGGGGCCUGAAAGGGUUUAAUUCAUAUAUCUUUAGAACGGUUCCUAUAUAUGUACUUUCAAGUGAUAAUAUUUGUUAUAUUAGAAAUAAUUGAUGUAAAUGUUUUUUUUUAUAAUUAAAGCCAUAAACAACUGUUUUGGGAGAAGAUUGAGAAAUAGUCAUAGCCUGUAUUUAAAGUAGGCAUGUGACGCCAAACCUUGAAUGUCCUCUUUCAAUCCUGUUAGUAUAUUUUAUGAAACUUGACGCCCCUUUUAAAUUGGCCUGAAAUUUUUCCAUUUACCUUUACUAAUCGUAGAAAAACCUGUCUUUAUGCAUUUUUAAAUGGGCAGUAUGUUUACCGGCAUGAAAUCAUGAAACAUUUUGAGAUAUGUCUUGAUCGCGCAUUAACGUGGAUAUAAACUGCGGUUUCUUCUAGAUCAGUUAGUUUAUUUUUUUAAAUUAUAAACAAUAUUUUAAUUUAUGUUUUGUGUUCAAAAUGGCAAAUAAAGAGGAAUAUUUAAAACA